UGACGUCACGCUGUCAUCACGAGUCUCAUUCAUAAGUCAAACUCCAUGUAGCGUGUGACCCUGCAAAGAUCCUCUGUAGAUUGGAGGCUUCAAAGUUCAAACUUCUCCCCAGCGCAUGUUGCUAACAUGAAGAGACAGCCUCAGCAGCACCUUCCACUCCAUCCCAGCUGGAGUGUUAGGUGUGACGUCGUUAAAUCACCUGUCAGCCUCAUCGCUGAUGUCACAUAACGAGCUGGUUUACUUAAUAUGCGUCUUGAAAGGCAGAAGGAACGUUGAUCCAACGCUUACACAAGCUACAGCCUGCAGAACAAAAAACUCAAUAACAGUAAGACUGCAUUAUUAUUAUUAUUAUUAUUAUUAUUAUUGCAACAAAUAGUUACUAUUGGUGAUGCCUAGGGUGUACAUUUGGAUUGAAUUCAAAUUUAUUGCUCUUAUUCAAGCCUUAGUUAGCGAGUUGGAUGAUUGUCUUUUAAAAAUGUUUUACAUAUUUAUUCACAUGUCUCAAAUUCCAAAGUUAGAUUUUAAACAGCAGUAUUUAUGUUGCCAUCUACUAAAGGUUUAACUUUGCUUACAUUUAAUGCCAUCUUGUGACAAGAUUUAUAAUAGUGACUGUUUAUGUGUGCUUCUAACGUAGUGUUAGGGAAAGUAAUACUCCACUUAAGAGUCUGCUAUGUAUUUUAAAUAAUUCUAGCAAAACAUUGGGGAUAAUUGGUAGCAGGAUGUAUGCAGUGCGUAUGCUAUGGUAUAAUAGCAUAUAAGUAAGUGACACCAUGUACAGGAUUAGAAAUAUGAGGUACAAUUUGAAUUCGUUUGUAGAUGCAGAGCUAAAGUGCUGACAGUUUGCUGGUCAAUAAGUUAUUUUUCUUUGCAGGCUUAAAAAAUGUCUCCUAAGGUCACUCUUCUUGUGGUGUGGUUGGUUUCUCAGUGCUGGUCCGCUCCAUAUAGGAGAAACUGGACUCCUCAGGCAAUAUUGUAUCUUAAAGGCGCACAGGGACACCGCUCAACCCUGGAGCGCAGCAGCAGAGAAGAAGGGGACGCUUUACAAUUAGUGAACUUUAAUCAGAUCAACGACGGGCUGGGAUUGUCUUCAGCUUCUGUCGAGCUCCUGCAACAAGCUGCAGAAGAAGGUGGCGGCAGACACGUUUACCGAGACUCGAGCUUAAAGCAUCUCUGAUUACUUUUUGCCUGAUCCAGUUGUCGUACUUGCUGUUGGAUAUUUGAACUCUAAAAUGUCGUUGUUGGUAUGAAUGGAUAAUCUGCAGCAAAGAACUCUUAAAUAAACUUCAUUGUUCUAAAAAUGUAAAUUGAUUAUGACUGACUACAUUCUCGUGCUGUGAUGUUUGCUGGCAGAAAAUUUUGUUCGGUUCCUCUUUCAAUGUGCUUUUUAAGCAAAUGGGUUCCUGUUGUAAAAGUUUAGAAAUUGUUUUCAGUAUGCUCCUGGUAUGGUAAAGUUGGGAAAGGAACAUUUGAAACAAAUUUAGUUUUUCAAACUUUAUUCUUUACAUGUUAUAUCCUUCCUUUCUUUUUUGUUUCCUUCUUUCCUAUCCUGUCAAUUAAACAUGUCACCUAUUAAGA